UUGUACUCAUGGCAUAGGCCAUGCAUUGACCAAUGAGAUCGGGCUGUAUCAUUAAAUGGCGUGGGCUUCACUGUGGGCGGGACUUCCUCUUUUUAUUUGCCUUCUCAUCCGUUUCUGAAGGGCAAUUCGUUCAAACAGUGGGGUCGAGUUUGAAAGGACCAGAGAAAGCAUGGCAGGACACGACGCAGGAACGCAACACCAGUUCACUGGUAUUGCGAAGUACUUCAAUGCAUACACCAUUACAGGAAGGAGGAAUUGCGUGCUGGCUACGUAUGCAGGAAUUGCCGGGAUUAUCCUGUUCUUUAAACUGAAACCCAAGAAGCAGAAGGCGGUUACAGCUAGCUAAUUGGCGGGGUUCCUGUCUGUGCUAUGCUGUAUAGAAGUGGAACCUAGCUGGAAUUCUUUUUUUUUUUAAUGAAGAUGGCAACCUUUCAACUCGAGUUAAUUUGGGUCAAAAAAUAAAGACAGUGAUACAUAGAAAA